UUUGUGUUCAGACGCACAGGGAAAUCCGUUGCAGCCUCGCUAGUUGAGAACAGUAACGGGGGCAAGUGAAACAGAUAAAUACAUGUUGUCGCCGGUAUGGACUUUAAGAAGAGCCGAUAUGGAAGGUUCAUGAAUGGCAGAGUUCCAUCCAGUAGGAGAUACCAGCCUACAGACUACGAACACGCUGCCAACUGUGCCACACAUGGACUCUGGAUCAUCCCCAGCCUGGUGGGCGGGUCUGUACUCUACUUCCUGUCUGUGGACCAAUGGCAGGCUGCUGCUGCCUGGUUGUACGGGGCGGGGCUUAGUGGUCUAUUCAUCUCCUCCACUCUGUUCCACACCGUGGCCUGGAAGAUCAGACACCUCCGUAGAGUGGAGCAGCGUUUCCACAUGUGUGACAGAAUGGCCAUCUACUUCUUCAUCGCUGCUUCCUACACCCCCUGGUUGAUGCUGAGGGAGUUGGGUCCGUGGUCGAGUCACAUGCGAUGGAUUAUCUGGAUCAUGGCAGUUAUCGGCUCCACAUACGUCUUCUACUUCCACGAGAGGUAUAAACUGUUGGAGUUACUAGGAUACGUGGCCAUGGGGGCGGGGCCUGCACUUGUCAUCCUGUCCAUGGCGGACAGGGCAGGUUUGUGUGAGCUGGCGGUGGGUGGGAUUUUCUACGUAGUGGGUGUGGCCUUCUUUAAGAGCGAUGGAGUCGUCCCAUUCGCUCACGCCAUCUGGCACCUGUUCGUUGCCAUGGGAGCAGCUACACACUACUACGCUAUCUGGAGACACCUGUACACACCUGGACACUGAGACACACCUACCGUGGUGCUAGCUAAACAGGGAUCUGGUCCUGUACACACCUGGACACUGAGACACACCUACCGUGGUGAUAACUAAACAGGGAUCUGGUCCUGUACACACCUGGACACUGAGACACACCUACCGUGGUGAUAACUAAACAGGGAUCUGGUCCUGUACACCUGGACACUGAGACACACCUACCGUGGUGCUAGCUAAACAGGGAUCUGGUCCUGUACACACCUGGACACUGAGACACACACCUACCGUGGUGAUAACUAAACAGGGAAUUGAAGGAUCUCUGUCCAAUUAGAGACAGGAAUCAGGGAAUUGAAGGAUCUCUGUCCAAUUAGAGACAGGAAUCAGUCAACUACCAGAAGGAUCUCUGUCCAAUUAGAGACAGGAAUCAGUGAACUGAAGGAUCUCUGUCCAAUUAGAGACAGGAAUCAGUGAACUGAAGGAUCUCUGUCCAAUUAGAAACAGGAAUCAGUGAACUGAAGGAUCUCUGUCCAAUUAGAGACAGGAAUCAGUGAACUGAAGGAUCUCUGUCCAAUUAGAGACAGGAAUCAAUGAAUUACCAUAAAGAUCAUCAAGGACAAGAACCACCCGAGCCACUGCCUGUUCACCCCGGUAUCAUCCAGAAGGCGAGGUCAGUACAGGUGCAUCAAAGCUGGGACCGAGAGACUGAAAAACAGCUUCUAUCUCAAGGCCAUCAGACUGUUAAACAGCCACCACUAACAUUGAGUGGCUGCUGCCAACACACUGACUCAACUCCAGCCACUUUAAUAAUUCAAAAUUGAUGAAAAAUGUAUCACUAGUCACUUUAAACAAUGCCACUUAAUAUGUUGAUAUGGGUUAUAUAUGGCCGUUCGGCCAUCGCUCAUCCAUAUAUCUUUAUGUACAUAUUCUUUACCUUAUACACACAAGUGUAAAGGGAUAGUAGUUUUGGAAUUGUUAGGUUAGAUUACUCGUUGGUUAUUACUGCAUUGUCGGAACUAGAAGCACAAGCAUUUCGCUACACUCGCAUUAACAUCUGCUAACCAUGUGUAUGUGACCAAUAAAAUUUGAAUUGGAUCUCUGUCCAAUUAGAAAACAGGAA